AUGCCUGUUCGCAGAGGUCAUGUGGCACCACAAAAUACAUUUUUGGGUACAAUCAUACGAAAAUUUGAAGGGCAAAAUAAAAAAUUCAUCAUUGCUAAUGCUAGAGUGCAGAAUUGUGCUAUCAUCUACUGCAAUGAUGGGUUCUGUGAGAUGACUGGGUUCUCCAGGCCAGAUGUCAUGCAGAAACCUUGUACCUGUGAUUUUCUUCAUGGCCCAGAGACCAAAAGACAUCAUAUUGCCCAAAUUGCUCAAGCACUGCUGGGGUCAGAGGAGAGGAAAGUAGAAGUCACCUAUUAUCACAAAGAUGGAUCUACCUUCAUUUGCAACACCCACAUAAUUCCGGUGAAAAAUCAAGAGGGAGUAGCAAUGAUGUUUAUUAUUAACUUUGAGUAUGUAACAGAUGAAGAGAAUGUGGCAUCUCCCGAGAAGUGCAAGCCAGUAUUGCCAUCCAAACUUGUAAAUCGUAAACUUUUUGGGUUCCGGUUACCUGGACUGAGGCUUUUAACAUACAGAAAGCAGUCCUUACCACAGGAAGACCCUGAUGCAGUGAUAAUCGACUCAUCUAAGCACAGUGAUGACUCAGUGGCUAUGAAGCACUUUAAAUCACCUACAAAAGAAAGCUGUAGUCCUUCAGAAGUGGAUGAUACAAAAGCACUGAUCCAACCCAGUCAAUGUUCACCGUUGGUUAAUAUAUCAGGACCUCUCGACCAUUCAUCACCUAAGCAGCAAUGGGACAGACUUUACCCUGACAUGGUACAGACAAGCAACCCACUAACCCAUUCCAGAUCAAAGGAAAGCAUCUGUAGUAUACGGAGAGCAUCUUCAGUACAUGACAUUGAAGGCUUUAGUGUUCAUCCCAAGAACAUUUUUAGGGACCGCCAUGCAAGUGAAGACAAUGGUCGCAAUGUGACAGGGCCUUUUAAUCAUAUCAAGUCAAGUCUGUUGGGAUCCACAUCGGAUUCAAACCUCAACAAAUACAGUACAAUAAACAAAAUUCCUCAGCUCACACUGAACUUUUCAGAUAUCAAAAGUGAAAAAAAAUCUUCAUCUCCUCCUUCUUCGGAGAAAGCAAUUAUUGCACCUAAGGUGAAAGACCGAACGCACAAUGUAACAGAGAAGGUUACCCAGGUUCUAUCCUUAGGGGCUGAUGUUCUACCAGAAUAUAAACUCCAGACACCUCGCAUCAACAAGUUUACUAUAUUGCACUAUAGUCCUUUUAAAGCUGUGUGGGACUGGCUCAUUUUGUUGCUGGUAAUAUACACUGCCAUAUUCACCCCUUACUCUGCUGCCUUCCUGCUGAAUGAUAGUGAGGAACGGAAGAGGAGAGAAUGUGGAUAUUCUUGCAGCCCACUGAAUGUUGUAGACUUAAUUGUGGAUAUUAUGUUUAUCAUUGACAUUCUAAUUAACUUCAGAACAACAUAUGUAAACCAGAAUGAAGAAGUGGUAAGUGAUCCAGCAAAAAUAGCAAUUCAUUACUUCAAAGGCUGGUUCCUAAUUGACAUGGUUGCUGCAAUACCUUUUGACCUGCUGAUUUUUGGCUCUGGCUCUGAAGAGACAACAACAUUAAUAGGUCUCCUGAAGACAGCUAGACUGCUGCGUUUGGUGAGGGUAGCACGGAAACUGGAUAGAUAUUCAGAAUAUGGUGCUGCAGUUCUGAUGCUCCUCAUGUGCAUAUUUGCUCUAAUUGCACACUGGCUUGCUUGCAUUUGGUAUGCCAUUGGAAAUGUAGAAAGACCUUACCUGGAUCACAAGAUUGGCUGGUUGGAUUCGUUAGGAGAACAAUUAGGAAAGCGUUACAAUAAGAGUGAUGCAAGCUCUGGACCAUCCAUCAAGGACAAAUACGUUACAGCACUUUAUUUUACCUUCAGCAGUCUGACAAGUGUAGGAUUUGGAAAUGUGUCUCCAAACACCAACUCAGAGAAAAUCUUUUCCAUCUGUGUCAUGCUGAUUGGCUCAUUAAUGUAUGCUAGCAUCUUUGGAAAUGUAUCUGCAAUAAUCCAACGACUCUACUCGGGAACUGCACGGUAUCACAUGCAGAUGCUGCGAGUAAAGGAGUUCAUACGCUUCCACCAAAUCCCCAACCCGCUGCGGCAGCGCCUUGAGGAGUACUUCCAGCAUGCAUGGACAUACACCAAUGGCAUUGACAUGAACAUGGUCCUGAAGGGCUUUCCAGAAUGCUUACAAGCUGACAUUUGUCUGCACCUCAACCAAAAUUUGCUUCAGAAUUGCAAAGCUUUCCGAGGGGCCAGUAAAGGCUGCCUUCGAGCUCUGGCUAUGAAGUUUAAGACAACACAUGCACCUCCUGGAGACACUUUAGUGCACUGUGGAGAUGUUCUCACUGCUCUUUACUUUGUGUCAAGAGGCUCCAUUGAAAUCCUGAAGAGUGACAUUGUUGUAGCCAUUCUUGGGAAAAAUGAUAUUUUUGGAGAGAUGGUACAUCUUUAUGCAAAACCAGGGAAGUCAAAUGCUGAUGUGAGAGCUUUAACUUACUGUGACUUGCAUAAAAUCCAGCGAGAAGAUCUGCUAGAAGUUUUAGACAUGUACCCUGAAUUUUCUGAUCUCUUCCUCACGAAUCUGGAACUAACUUUUAAUCUAAGAGAUGAAACUGCAAAGUCUGACCUCGUAAUAAGAUCGCAAACUACUAAUGAUACAGAUGGAGAUAACUGCAAACUACGAAGACGGAAAUUGUCCUUUCACAGUGAAAUAGAAAAAGAGAAUGGUCAAAGUGAUCCUGAACCCUCAGGAGAUACCACCAGAUACUAUCAAUCUAUUAAAAAACACUUGGAGGAGAAAAAAAGUGGGUCAUCAUCUUUUGUGUCCUCCACUGAAGAUGAGCAAAAGCCUCUGUUCUCUGAGAUAGCUGAUUAUCCAUCUGUGACAGAGAAAACCACAGAGCUGGACUUUGAAGAAGUGCUUCAUGCCACUGAAGAAAUUCUUAUUGACAAAAGAAGCAAUUCUUGCAAAGAUAUCACUGAUAAAAGAGACUGGGAGCAGGAGAACAUCCAGGAGUACCAGGACUCCCCAGCUCAGUCAGCAUUACCCCAUGUUACAUGGGGCAUCUGUGAAACUGAAAGUGACUUUAUAUAUGGAGAAGUGGAGAAUCGAUUAGAUUUACUUCAAGAACAACUCAACAGGCUUGAGUCCCAGAUGACUGCUGACAUCCAAACCAUCCUGCAGCUUCUGCAAAGGCAGUCAACACUCAUUCCACCUGCCUAUAGCAUGGUGACUGCAGGUGCAGACUAUCAGCAGCCAGCAGCCCGGGUGAUACAAAAGCUUCAGCCUGCAGCAUCGAUUAAAACAGACAGAAGUUUCAGUCCUUCAUCUCAGUGUCCUGAAUUUCCAGACCUUGAAAAAUCAAAACUUAAAUCCAAAGAAUCCCUCUCAAGUGGAGUACAUCUUAACACAGCCUCAGAAGACAACCUGGCUUCUGUUUUACAUCAAGAACGUGACCAGUCUGUAGAGUGUCCACCCCAGCAUUGUAAAACUUUUCUCCAGCCAGUUAGGCACCCUUCCUUGCCAGAAUCUUCACUAAGCACUGUAGGAAUCAUGAGUCUUCAUAGGCAUGUUUCUGAUCCUGGUCUUCCUGGGAAAUAA